AUGCAUCCGGAUGAAGGAUUCCACGACCACGCUGGCACAGUCAUGGUCAUAGCUUGGGGACAAUUUAUGGAUCACGACUAUACCCUCACUGGUACUCCUCUUGACCCGGUUAACCGCAAUGAUCCCGAGGAGUGCUGCAAACGUCCUCCCCACCUUAAGCAUCCUUACUGCAACGAAAUCAGGGUACCUGAAGACGACUACUUCUAUAGACUGUUCGGAGUCAAGUGCAUAGAUUUCGUGAGAGGAUUCCCUUCUCCACGUCCUGGCUGCCGUCUGGGUGAAAUUCGAGUUAACGAACAAUUAGUAUUGACCGUUAUGCACACACUGAUGGCCAGAGAACACAACCGCAUCGCAAACGCCCUCGCCGAGGUCAAUCCCCAUUGGGAUGACGAAACUUUAUACCAAGAAGCACGACGCAUCAAUAUCGCAGAGAUCCAACACAUUACAUACAAUGAAUUCUUGCCCAUACUCCUUGGUAAAGAUGUCAUGGAGAAGUUUGGAUUAAUUCUAGAGAAAGAGGGUUACUGGGAAGGUUACGACCCCGAAGUGAACCCCGAUGUCUUGGAUGCUUUCGCCGCCGCUGCUUAUCGUUUUGGACACUCCUUAUUGCCUACUGCAGUGGAAAGGUGGUCCAAAGCACACAAAUUUAUUGCAUCCAAACGAUUAUCGGAUCUGAUUAGAAGACCAUAUGAUUUAUACAGAGCGGGUGUUAUGGACGAAUACGUUAUGGGUCUAAUGAACCAAGUGGCUCAAGCUAUGGACGACUCAAUCACACAAGAGGUCACCAACCAUCUCUUCAAGAAAGUCGGUGCACGAUUUGGAAUGGACCUGGUAUCAUUUAACAUGCAAAGAGGUCGUGAAUUCGGUUUGCCUGGUUACAUGGAGUUCAGAAAGUUCUGUGGUCUGCCAGGAGCAGAAACUUUCCAAGACCUCUUUGGUACAAUGACUAACGAAACCGUGAGAAAAUAUGAAUCUAUCUUUGAACACCCCAUUGAUGUUGAUCUGUGGUCCGGAGGUGUGUCUGAGAGACCUCUCCCGGGAUCAAUGUUGGGGCCCACUUUUGCGUGCAUUAUUGCAACUCAAUUUUCUUAUUCAAGACGCGGUGAUAGAUUUUGGUAUGAACUACCCAACCAACCUUCAACGUUCACACCUGAACAAUUAACAGAAAUAAGAAAGGCGCGAUUGGCGCGAGUAAUUUGUGACAACACUGAUAUCAUAGACACGGUACAAUUGUAUCCCAUGGUGCUCCCAGAUCAUGAAUUGUAAGUAUUUUAUUGCAGUGCCGUUUAUAAAAAAUACCUACUUUUGACAAUUAAAUAAAUGAAAAGUUCUAUAUAAAUUAAUACCUGACAUUCAAUAACAUAUUAUUAAACACUCAACCAAUAUAGUAAAAAAUAAAUUAUUUGAUAUUAAUUUUGUACAUAUAAUUUAUAUUUUUGUUUUAUCUGCCUGAACCCAAACCUAUACAUUAAUUCAAUAUGUUUUUAAAGAUCUGCCUGUCGUUUUAAAUAAUCAUUCCCUACUUGCAUAUUCACACGCUUAUAUUAGUACAAUCUUUUCAAUGUAAUAUACAUACAAUUAUGUGCAAAUAUGAUAAUAAAUGAUUGAGUAUUUAAAUAAGUAGUCAGUUCGCUGUUGAGAUCGAAUAUAAAAUCUCGAAAUUGAUUGGAAAAUUUUCUGCGUAAUUCUAGGAACCCACGAGUGCCGUGUAAAAGCGGUAUCAUGCCGUCAAUAGACUUUACUAAAUGGGCGGAACCGGCACCAUUCCGUGGUGCCGCCAAGCAAUUCAUAACUGAUGCGCAAAUCAUCGACGAUAAUAAUACAAAUUGUGAACAGUCUCUACUUGCGACACCUACUAUACCUACUAAAGCUGUUGGUAAUGAAGAAAAAGGAAGCGCAAAAAGUGAUGCAGAUUGUAAUACAGCUAGUGGCCACACAGAGCAAAUCCAACAAACGCCAAGUGAUAACCUUAUUACUUUACAAAUCUCAGUCAACCAUACAGCAACUCGAAAUAAGGAUACCCAAAGUGUACACGAUUGUACACAAGAUCUUAAAGAACCAACAGACGAGUGCUUAAAGCAAUUAGCCCUUUCAAACGAAAUUCCGAAAGCUGAAACUGUACUGAAAUAUGUGUAUAAGAAUGAUGGCAAAUCGUAUACUAAUGAAAAAUCAUCACCACACCCUUUGAAUAGUUUGAGGAAAAAACGAUCUCUUAUAAAUGAAAAUAUAACUGUGAGCGAAAGUAAAACUGCUCCACUUAUAGUUAACUAUGAAACUUUGCAUUCACCAGAAGACAUUAAAUUAUCAGAACCUUUAACAAGAAAAUCAAUACAAAAUGCAGCUUUAGCAGAUUUUGACAUAGAAACCGUGCAUGCCAACAAAAAUUCCUCAUCUCGGUCGAGUGAAGAAAGUAAAGAAAGCGAUAGAUCAAAUAGUGUUGAAAGUACUGAAAGAGAACAUUCUUCGGAAAGUAAACAAGCCAGCGGUGAACGAAACGACUCUUCGAAACGUCAAAGAAAUAGUAAAUAUAUAGAUGACGAUAAUUCUAGUCGUGAGAAUUUAGAAUCUAAUGAAAGUGGCGAAAAUUACAAUAGCAAGGAAAAAGAUGAUAGCAAAGAACGCCAUUCAAAAGAUCGCAAGUAUUCUGCAUAUAGCACUCCUAAAGGCCAAAACAACAGGCACGACAGUUCCGAAAGCAGCGAUAAAAGUUUUGAAAAAUAUGAAGAAAAAGAAGAUUUUCACCCCCGCAGUCAACAAUUACAUUCGAGAAAGCAAUAUAGCGAUGAAAGUGACGAAAGAGAUUCUAAAUCAAGAGAAGAAGUAAAAGAUAGCCGAGAAAAUAUUAACUCUUCAGAAGAUAAUAAGUUCACAUACAAAGGCAAUCGCGAAAGCAACAAACAACCUAAAGGAAUCGAAAAGUUGAGAUAUAAGGAAGAUUCAGAUGAAAACCCCGAUGGCACACUAUCACAUAAAGAUACACACUCACAAGAAAACAGUGCAGAAAUUAAAGAAAAAUCUUAUUUGCGUAGUAAACCAGUAAAAGAUUCUAUAACCCCCGAAAAGCUAACCAAUGGCACGCAUAAUACACCACUCGCUAUCCAAGAUGUUGAUUUAGGUGAUUUUAGUUAUGAAAGAAUUCAAGUAAAUGAUAAAGGACAAGUUGUAACCACAGGUGAAAAUAAUAAUAAAGAGAAAAUACUAAAUAUAAAAGCACCAUCAAAACCAGAAACAACUCCUCCUUUGUCCAGUGAACAAAUAUCAUUAGCAUCAGCUGAAGAUUUAACGGAACCUCUCAAUGAUAAAUACGAUAGUAAUAAAGAACCUAUAAGCAUAAAUGAUGGAGAGAUAAAACCUGUAGUAGAAAUAAAUAGUGAUAAUAGUGAGUCACCCGAAGAAAAUACCAGUCAAGCUCUGAAAAAUGAAUCAGAAAAAGAUGACAGUUUAGAAACUAUUCUUGGAACAAAAAUUAACUCAAACGAAAAGAGCGAAGAAAUUGUUUCUGACAAUAAAGAAAACGAAAAAACAGAUGUAAAACAAGAAUUUGAAAGAAUCCCUGUAAAUUAUAAACACAAAAAUGAAAAUGAAAACGAUCAGAAAGCAAACAAUAAAAACGAUGAGUCAAAGUCAAAAAAUAAUACUCCUAAUAGUGAAGGGACCUUAGAUGCUUUAAAACCGAUAGAUGUCAAUUAUGAUGAACAGUUGCAUUUCAAAUUCGAUGAUGUCGGUAUUAAGUUGCCAGAAAUAAAGUUACCUGAAGAUGUUUUAGAUUACAACUAUGAAGAACCAAGUUAUCUCAAAAAGAAUGGUGACCAAAAAGAAAAAGACAGGUUUUAUCAUUAUAGUGGUGAAUUAACUGCAGCAAAACCAAAUACAAAGACAAAGUCUUAUGACAAUCAUGACGACGAUGAUGAUGAGCACGAUUAUUAUGGAUAUUAUGGAAAAGAAAACAAAAAACAGGAUUACAAAAAGAAAAAAAGUGACCGCGAGGAAGACGAAGCCGAUCCUGAAGGUGAGGAUGCCAAUGAUGAAGAAGACCAUGAAGAUUUGUAUGAAAGGUUCGUUCGAGAACGUUUUGGCAAAACAGGAUCAUUUCAGGAAAGAUCUGAAAAGCUCCAAGAUGCAAGAGUUAUACCCAAUGACGAAAAAUUAUAUAACACCGUUAAGAAUAUUCUAAAGAAAACAGAAAACAUACAAAAACAAGCAGAUAAGAGUGGAGAUCCCAAUGCGGGAUUUGCGUGGACGCUAGAAUAUGGGGAGAAUUUGUAA